CCCGUACGAGUGCCAAUAUCAUGGACGAAGAUGUGAUCGACUGGAGCGAUCCACCAAGCUCGCCUUUCGUAGAACAUGUCGAAGUCGACCAGGAGAAUGUUGCGCCGCGCGACACCGCCUCUACUCCCACCAAGAAAACACCACUAGACGACAACAACUUUGCCUCAGCUAUCAAGCGCUUGUCGCCAAAGAAGGGAUUCGGUUUCAAGGACAGGUCCUCCCCGGUGAAGGCACUGGAUUCGCCGAGUAAACAAUUGUUUGGAGAAUUGGAGAAGACUACACCCACCAAGUCUCCACCCAUUCCGGAAAGACUGUCCUCGAAGAAGACAUCGCCGAUCAAUUACAGUAUCGUGGAUGAGGAAGAGCACGCUCUUCGUGAGUCCAGUCACAACCGCACGUCGCCCUUGAAGCUAUCCCCUAGCAAGCGCAGCUCUGUUGAGAGAUCAGAAUCGCCUCUACGCAGAUCCGUUCAGGAUGAGCAAACUACACUUUCAAGAUCGUCUACAAGAUCGUCCGCCACCAAACGCAUGUCCAUCGAACAUGAAGAUCAGCCAGAACCAAAGCUCCGGAAGUCCAGCCAAGAGCACCACGAAUCAGCCAGACCGUCUCCGAUAAAGCGCACAUCAUCUGAGCGGGUGGAACAAACUCUGCGAGAGAAUGAAGGCCUCACAAUUGCUAUGAAGAUACUGGAGGAAACGCAGAGCGAGAGCCACUACGAGGCACACCACGAGACGCACCACGAGACGCAACAAAAGGAGAACUCUUCAGAGUCCCGUUCAGACAGCCAUGGGUCUGCUGAGUUUGACAGCUUUUCGGAGUUCAACCCGGACGGCCCAGAUGGCCCGUCUACGAUGGUCGACGAUACCUGCUUUAGCAAUUUCUCGGAAAUGCCUGAUAUGACCAAGUUUGCAAACUCUAUGGUGAGGAGCCCUGCGAAAUCUGUCUUAAGCCAGGGUAUGGCCACCCCACGAGCAAACCUCCUGACGACACCAGCAACUGCAAAAAGAUAUCAAAGCCGGUCUCCGUCACCAACGCCUCGUCGCAAUGGCAACGCCAUUUUUUCUGAUAACGAUACGACGAACCUACUCCUCGAUUUCACACAGCAAAUUGAAGCGUUCUCAACGGCAACCCAACGUUCGCCCACGCGUAGCCGUAACUCUCCUACAAAAUCUUCCACAGAAUCCAAUCUACUUUCAUUCCUCCAAAACCAGCGCAGCCCUGGCAAGUCGAGCUUCGUACCUUCAACGCCAGCUGAGAAGCGUCAUUUGCUAAAUCUCCUCGAUUUCGAACUUCCUCCGCCACCAACACCUCGCUCGAUACCCAGCAUCACAAUCCGUGAACUUGAGUCGCUCAAGUCUGGAUUUCAAUCCCAAGUCUCUUCCCUCACCGCCUCGCUCUCCGGCAAAGAGGCUGAGGUCAGCAGUCUCAAGAAAGCCGUCAGCAGUGCCGAGCGCCGCGUAGGUGAGGCACAAGAGCAAGUGCGGGAAGAGCGCAGUGCGCGCGAGUACGCCGAAAAGCAGAAAGCCGAGUGGGAAAAGAAAGGCACCGAAGUCGAGUCUGUUCUCAAGAGCAUCAAAGAAGAAGUCAUGAAGAGCGACCAGGAGCGCGAGGAGCUUCUCCGUAAGCUUGACGAAGCCGAGCGACGAAUUGAAGACGCCGAAGCGCGCGCCAACGACGCUGAAAGCCGCGCUGUAGAGGCGGAGGGCAAGUGCGUGGAUACCACCAUCUUCGCGGAAGCGGAUACGGAUAAGCCGACCAAGGGCCCCGUCUACACGGCCGAGGAAGUCCAGAAGCAGAUCGACGAGAAGGUGGCGACACUGUGCAAGGAGCUCCACGUUAUCUACAAGAAAAAGCAUGAGAGUAAGGUAUCGGCGCUGAAACGCUCGUAUGAGGAGAAGAUGGCACGGAAGACGAAGGAGUUGCAAACCAACGUCAAAGACCUCAAAAAGAAGUGCGAGGAACUCCAGCACGCGCGCGAUGCUACAUUUUCCACAGUCCUGCCGAAUGAUAUUCCUUCGAACUCUUCAGCGGCUAUCAACGCUGCAGAUCUCCAGAAGCUCGAAACGCAGCAGGCAGAAAUUGAGGAGCAGAAAGCUAGACUUGCGGGCCUAGAGUCCGAGAUCCAGUCCGUGCGCGACAACCACGCGCAAGUCCUCAAGGAGCUCGAGGCCGAGCGCGUUGAGAAGGGCGAGCUAGUCGCGGCGGCGGAGCAGAUGCUCUCGCUGCAGAUGGAGUUCCAGGCACAGCAAGCAGCGCAAGAGGAGAUGCGGCGGAGUGUUGGCCCUGCUGGAGCUGGCGCAGUGAGGCCGAGUGGGCUGACGAGGCCCGGCUUUGCGGGGAGUGGUAUUAGCAGGAGUACGAGCGGGAAGAGCAGAAUAAUGAGCAAUAUCGAGAAGAUGGGCGGGCGGAGUGCGAGCACCGAGUAGACACGCGGCUGGGGAUGUGAUGAUUGAUUGAUUGAUAUGGGGAUUGGGUAUUCUUUGGAGUAUGGAUGGGGUUUGGCUAAGGUUUUGGCCUGUCUUUCUCUGAUGUCUCUCAUUGCAAGUUAUUGUCUAUAAGCUACUCCCAGACGAAAAUAC